UUAUCGCUAGUCAGAAGGCAUCCGGGUUUAUUGAGUAUUUCAUGUCGGACGUUUCUUCCCCUGUAGUAAGUCAUUUUUCAGAAAUGCGUUGUGGUUAGAGCGGAGGAUCGAUGUCAGCGCACUUCCCCUUAGUGUGGGUUUUGAUUUAGAUGACAGGCGCAAGGGGCGUGGCCCGGCACAGCCAAAAACGUGCAGCUGACUUGAGUGGUGCCUGUCAAUGUCUUUAGUUUCAGUGUGUGGAGGACGGAGAUCUCGGAACGUCACACUGUAACGAUCGGUGAUCCAUGACUCGAUCCUCUCCAUAGAUCUCUGAUCACCAUGAAGAAUACUUUGUUCCUCCUGCUGAUGAGUUGGGUCUAUCUAUUAUUGGGUAAUCCUAUCCAUACUCUAGAAGAUUGGAACCAGACAAGAAAAACAAACAAAUUCAACUUCUCCAGUGAAGAGGGACUAAGCCGGUCGGCGUGGAGCAAACAUGGCCGCUACAAAAGAUCUUCAACGGAGUGUCCAGAGGGUCAAGGUUAUGACGGCGUUCGCUGCUGCAGGAAAUGUCCAAAGGGCCAAUAUGUUGAAAAGACGUGUAAUGAGUCCGGGGAAGAUCGUACAUGCGCAGUCUGUCGGGAAGGUACACAUCUUGCACAUCCCAACUACAAUUUCAAUUGCAUCAGAUGCGCAGAAUGUGUCAAUGGAACACAGGUUGAGGUUGUCCCGUGUACACCGAUAACCAACCGACAAUGUAAAUGCAAAGAGGGGUAUUAUGGAAAAGGAGGAGGAUGCCACAAAUGUUCACCAUGUCCUAACAGAAACAUCAAAGAGAUCUGUUCAAACAUCACAGAUACCGUCUGCGGAACAUGUCUACCCGACUUUUUUGAGGAAAAGAAUGAAUGCCGGCCUUGUAAUGAAUCUAAUAAAGACUGUACGGAAAUGCCAGCAGCAUGCACACCUCUAUGCGUUCCAAUGAAAGCGGAUACAAAAGAUUUGAAUCUCCUGCUGGUGAUCCUCCCAGUGCUGCUCCUGCUCGGCGCACUUUCUGGACUUUUCAUUUACAAGUACAAGUUCAAAGAAGUCCACAGUCUCGGCGCAGAAAGCUUUACGACGGUUGAUUUUCCAUUAGAAGAGAGGAAGACUGCAACAUCAGAUGAUCUCCACAUACAACCUGGUUUGUGUCAGGAGGAGGCACCUAUUUCAUCAAAGACACAUCCAGAAGAAAGUAUUUUGCUUGCAUUUGAUGAAUCCCCUGUUCCGGAGCUGUGCUCUGCCAGUGAUUCUCAAGGUCAGGUUCCGUCGGUCCUCCAGAAAGGUUGCGCCUUGUAUGACAUUAUCGACUGCGUCCCGGUGAAACGGUGGAAGGAGUUGAUGAGGAACCUGGAGCUUUCAGACAACGAGAUCGAGAGGGUUGAAAUGGAGGUCGGCAACUUUCGGGACCAGCAGUACGAGAUGCUACGGAGGUGGUGCCAGUUCAAAACGUCCUCCAUGGAGUGUGUCUAUCAGGCUCUGGACCGCAUGCAGCUAUCGGGCUGUUUGGAAAAACUUAGAUCGAAGAUAGAACAAUAUUGUUAAUGCCAAGGAGAUGUUUCUCAAGACCAAUGGAACGUGGAAUUAAGCACUACACGGGGUCUGCCGACUGUUCUGCCUUUGCUGGUCCAAUAUACGAAAAGAUACAUUGAAGAAUUUAAAUUUUCUUAAUGCAAUGAGUCUAGAUCUGUUGUGGCUGGGCUCAUCACAGUGGGCUGGUGGGGACCCAUGGGUGAGGUUAAGGAGAUUGGGUUUAAUAGAAUCCAGUAAUAAAUAACCCCACAGACCUUGCAAUGACAGAGGUUGGACGAGCCCAGUGUUGUCCCAAAGGAUGGGAUGUGUAAGGGGCGGCUCCAACAGCAAAUGGACUGGUGAUUGGUUCAUAGCUUUAAACAACUGAGGGGCUUUGUGAACCCAAAUGUCAAAGAGAUCAAGUGACUUAAAAAAAAUUAGGAACAGCACCGGUGUCCACAAUACAGUAAAGGACCCCCAUAGCAAUAAUGCAAGGGCUGUGCCGAAAGGAUUUGGCAUAACUUUGUUACCUUACAUAGGUCGUUCAAAUUUCACAUAUUGGUAGAGUAACUCUUUCUCUAAAGCAGGGGUCUUCAAACUUUCUAAACAAAGGGUCAGUUUGCUGUCCUUCAGACUUUAGGAGGGCCGGAUUGAGGACAAUGGCAGUAGAAAAUGUGUCCGGCUUGGUGGUCAUUGGGGUUAAAAUAAUUGGUAUUGGUGAAAAGAAUCAUCUCCAUCGUUGGUUUAGUGGGAGGGAUAGUGCCCUACUAUUGGUAUCGGUGGGAGGAAUAGUGCUCCAUCUAUAGUGUUAGUGGAAAGACUAGUGCCCCAUUGUUGGUGUCAAUGGAAGAAAUGGAGCCUCGUCAUUGGUAUUAGUGGAAGGAACAUUGCCCUACCGUUGGUAAUACUGGGAAGAAUAAUCUCCAUUGUUAGUUUCCCAUUGUUGGUUUCAGUGGGAUGAAUAGUGCCCUAUUGAUAUUAGUGGGAGGAAUAGUGCCCCAUCUAUAGUGUAAGUGGAAAGACUAGUUCCCAAUUGUUGGUGUCAAUGGGAGAAAUAGAGCCCCAUCAUUGGUAUUAGUGGAAGGAACAGUGCCCUACCAUUGGUAUUGGUGGAAAGAAUAAUUUGUAUCAGUGGGAGGAAUAGUGUCCCAUCAUUUGUGCUAGUAGAAGGAAUAGUGCCCCAUUGUUCGUGUC